AUGUUCAAAAAAGUCGAGGUAACCAUUUCCCUUUUUGAUGCUAUCCAUCAAGUUCCUAGAUAUGGAAAAUUCCUCAAAGAUCUAUGCAUGAACAAGGACAAAAUUCUUGAAUUGGAAACCAUCCCAUUAGGGAGUUCUAUUUCCGCUUUAAUGGAAGCAUUGCCCGAGAAGUGUGAUGACCCGGGCCCUUGUAUGGUCACUUGCACCGUCAAUGGAGUUCGAUCCCUAGAUUGUAUUUGUAAUCUUGGCGCAUGCAUUAGCAUUAUGCCGCUCUCCGUCUACCAAGUAUUGAAGUUACCACCGCUAAAGAGGUCGGCAGCGAGAUUUGUCCUAGUGGAUAAAAGUAUAAUAACCGUAGCGGGUGUGGCGGAAGAUGUAUUGGUGAAUAUUAAGGGGUUGGUGUUUCCGAUUGACUUCUAUGUCCUUGAGAUGCCAUCAAAUGAACCCGAGAGAGCAUCAUCUAUCUUACUUGGAAGACCAUUUUUUAGGACUUCUAGAUUUAAGCUAGACGCCUACUCGGGAACCUACUCAUUUGGGAUAGAUGGGAGGGUCGUGAGUUUUAGCCUAGAAGAAGAAGUAAUGAAGCAUCCACCGGAGAAUCACUCUCUAUUCCGGUGUGACCUAAUCGACAACAUUGUUGCCGAAGUGUACCUUGCAAAGUUGGAUGAGAAGUGCAUGAUUGAAGAAGCAAAUGAAGAUCCAAGCAAACUAAACACCACACACCACACAAACCAUCCGGAAAUCCAAACUUCAAAUCAUGACAAAAAGAUAGAAUUGAAGCCACUACCACCCCACUUAAAGUACUCAUAUCUUGAUGAAGCCCACAAGCUCUCCGUGAUAAUUGCAAAAGAGCUAACCCCUCAACAAGAAGAAAAGUUACUAGAUGUAUUGAGGAAAAGCAAAAGGGCAAUCGGGUGGAGUUUGGCAGAUCUAGUGGGAAUAACCCCCAAGUAUGCGAGCACCGCAUAUUUCUUGAAGAUGGAGCAAGACCGGUCCGACAAACUCAAAGGAGACUUAAUCCAACCAUUCUUGAGGUUGUGA